GCAAGCGUUCGACGGUUCAGGUCGCAGUGCACAGCAAGAACAACCGCCAGCAAGCAAGCGGUAGAGAGAGAGAGAGGAAUCUGGGACUCAAGCUUAAAUCUUUAUUUCGGUACUCCAUCCAAAGCAUCGAGGUUAGUUAGCUGAAAGGAGGGAGAGAGAGAGAGAGAGAGAGAGAGAGAGAGAGAGAGAGAGAGAAGAGUCGGGAAUGAAGGGUGAAUUGGAGUUACCUCCAGGAUUCAGAUUUCACCCGACGGACGAGGAGUUGGUGAAUCACUAUUUGUGCAGGAAAUGUGCUUCCCAGUCUAUUGCUGUUCCUAUUAUCAAAGAGAUUGAUUUGUACAAGUUUGAUCCUUGGCAGCUUCCAGAAAUGACGCAAUACGGAGAGAAAGAAUGGUACUUCUUCUCGCCCAGGGACAGAAAAUAUCCGAAUGGAUCAAGACCCAACAGGGCAGCAGGAAGCGGGUACUGGAAGGCGACCGGGGCGGAUAAGGCCAUAGGGAAGCCCAAGCCUCUCGGAAUCAAGAAGGCCCUCGUUUUCUACGCCGGGAAAGCCCCCAAAGGCAUCAAAACCAAUUGGAUCAUGCACGAAUACCGCCUCGCCAAUGUUGAUCGCUCUGCUCGCAAGAACAACAACUUGAGGCUUGAUGAUUGGGUAUUGUGCCGGAUUUACAACAAGAAAGGUGUGAUUGAGAAAUUCAACUCCCUGUAUCAGAAAUCGAGCAACUUCUCCUCCGAUGCCGAUGAGCAUGAAACCAAACCAGAAAUCAACACGGCCGCCAACGACCAGUUGUACAUGGACACGUCAGAAUCGGUGCCGAGGUUGCAUACGGACUCCAGCUGCUCCGAGCGCGCGGUGUCGCCGGGCGUCACGUGCUGCGACAAGGAGGUGCAGAGUGAGCCCAAGUGGAAUGAGCUGGCACCGGGCUUGAAAGACGGUGCCUUCGAUUUCGAUUUCAAUUACAUGGACAAUUUGAACAAUAACCUCACAGGAUUUGACGCUUUUGCCCCUCAGGUCCAGUACCAAACGAAUAUGAACCAGCUCUCGCCCUUGCAGGACAUGUUCAUGUAUCUCCAGAAACCAUUUUAAACACACAUUCACCAUAACGGCGUUCAUGGAUCCCACAUAUUAUUAAUUCGCUGUAGGAAUGUCAUAAUGGAGAGAGAAUGUAGGACCAGCAGACACAUUUCGUUUCGAUUUGUAUGGGUUGCGUAGGAUUACAGUGUCCAUAUUUGUAAGGGGUCUAGAGGGAAAUUCUUGUUCCAUUGGGAUUGUUAGCGGAAUUUUUUCAUAUGAUUUGUAAUAUAUUGUUCCAUUUUUCAAUUCACAUUACACAUCGACAUA